GGCCCAGAUGCGCAGAAUGCCCAUUCCGUCCUCUUGCCGACUGGUGUGGCGCAGGAUGCGAAGAGAGAGCUGAAGCUCGAAUUCUUCGCUUCGGAGCUGAGGCUAAGAGGUGAUGAACCUGUUGUUCAACCUCAUGUGGAUGAUAAGGGCGAUGUGCUCUGUUGGAAUGGAGAGAUUUUUGACGGGCUUGAUGUAAAUGUUCACGAAAAUGAUGGCGCGAAAUUGUUCAAGGCCAUCACGGAACUAAAGAACGUUGACGAUCAACCCAAAUUAUGUGGUAGCAUCGAAGGACCAUAUGCAUUCACAUACUAUCAUUACGCGACCAACCGCUUGUUCUUCGCCCGGGACCCGCUCGGUCGACGUUCUCUUCUUAUUCACAAACCUACGCGUGAAAACCCAUAUUUCUUGUUGGCGUCUGUCUCCGUAGGUCAGAAUGACGGGUAUAUGAUGCAAGAGGUCGGGACGGACGGGGUGUACGUUCUCGAUAUGAAGAAGCUAGCGACUUGCUGUUUUCUCGGGUCUGAACGCUGGCUGACACCACGGGAUGCUCCACAGGCCGAGCCCGCCAAAGUGAACAGCACCAUGCCACCGUCAGAUAACGACUUCCCGCCUCCCACAGACAUCUUCACCUUCACACCAGAAUACCUCACCUCUGCUGUAGACGAUCUCAUAUCUCAUCUUGAAGAGAGCGUUAGAUUGCGUGUUUGCAGCGUUCCCCAGCAGAGCGCUGUAUCAGCAUCGAUUGCUGUAUUGUUCAGCGGUGGGAUUGAUUCGACAAUGCUAGCUUGUCUUGCACAUCGCCAUAUACCCCUAGACGAACCUAUCGACCUUCUCAACGUCGCCUUUGAGAACCCACGCAAAAUACAGCUCAAGGUCGAGGGUAACAUCGGUGGAUUCACAAAACAGGAGAAGAAGAAAGCCAAGAAACAGAAUGGGAAGUACGAUCAUGAUUAUUUGGUUCCAGAUCGUGUGACCGGACUGCAGGAGGUCGAGGAAUUGAGAAGAGUGUGUAAAGGGAGGACGUGGAACUUCGUUGAGGUAGAUGUACCAUACAUGGAGUCAAAAGCCGCCCGACCGACCAUCGAGGCUUUGAUGUGGCCCUCAAAAACCGUGAUGGAUCUCAGUCUCGCUAUGGCGCUUUACUUUGCGGCACGAGGCAAGGGGCAAAUACGCAGCCAUCCGGAUGCACUGCCUGUCACAUACACCAGUCCUGCUCGUGUCCUUCUUAACGGACUUGGAUCGGACGAACUACUGGGAGGGUAUGGACGGCACCGGACGGCUUACAUGCAUGGGGGCUGGAAAGCUGUCAUUGACGAACUGCAACUUGAAAUCGAUCGUAUCCCAACGCGCAACCUCGGCCGCGACGAUCGUACCAUCUCCACUCACGGAAAAGAAACCCGUCACCCCUUCCUGUCCCUCAACCUCGUCCGCUUCCUCGCCCAACUCCCAGUGCACUACAAAGUCGAUCCGAGACUAGAUUUGGGCGUUGGGGAUAAGCUGUUGUUAAGGUUGGCGGCGAGGAAGGUUGGCAUUGUGGAGGCAAGUGAGAGGAAGAAGAGGGCAAUGCAGUUUGGGAGCCAUUCGGCGAGGAUGGAGGCUGGGUUGGGGAAUGUGCGGGGACGGGCGCAAAUUGGGUAG